AAGGUGGUGGAAAUCGCUGGGGAAUCCACGCGCUUCUCCGAGAUCGAUAGGCAUAGACCGCAAGAAUCAUCAAUUAAAUUAUAAAUUCAAUUCAAAACUACCAAAGGCGAUUGUUUUCUUCGAUCCUUCUUCGUUUUCAAAUUUCAAUCAAUUAGGUUAGAUUACAUUGCAUUUUAUUCGAUUCACUAUGGCAAUGAAUCCCCAGCUUUUCCCCAAUGGGAUGCCCGUUCCCUUCGUCAACGAAUUGUUCGUCUUGGCCAGAGAUGGCGUCGAAUUCGAGGUCGAUAAGAUCCCUGGCGCAAGCGGCCAUGGCGGACGUAUGAAGGCAAAGGGAACCAUCUACUUGUCGAAUAUCCGGAUGGUCUUUGUUGCAGACAAGCCUAUUGGUAUCUUCCGUGCUUUUGACAUGCCCUUGCUAUAUGUUCAUGGUGAAAAAUUUAACCAACCAAUAUUCCACUGCAACAAUAUCGCUGGAUCUGUGGACCCUGUUGUGCCAGACAAUGAAAACAGGGCUUUGUAUUCCACGCACUCGAUUAAGAUCCUUUUCAAGGAAGGCGGGUGUGGGACUUUUGUGCCCUUAUUUUUCAACUUAAUAAGUUCGGUGAGACAAUACCGUCAACAGACUGCUUCAAGGGCCGAGCCACAAAUGGAUCCUCUGCAAGCCGCUCAAACUCCCGUAGAUGAUAUGAUGAGACAUGCCUAUGUGGAUCCAAACGAUCCCACAAGGAUCUUCUUGCAGCAGCCCACUCCCGAGUCUCAACUGCGUCGACGCACCUACCAGGCACAGCCUGCUGAGCCCUCCGCCUCAACUCCACUCCUGUGAACAUUUUACUAUAUGCUAGUGCAGAUACUCUUGUGAUUCUAGUCAAUAAAUCAACUUGCAAUUCUGUUGAGCACUCUUUAUCUCAAAUUGUAAGAUGUUUAUAUGAUGUUUCAGCAUGUGUGUUAUGCAGUCUUGAACAACAUCAACAUGUAAAUGAACAUAGAACACAUCCUUGAAUUGGUAAAUAUACCCUUUUAUUCUUUACCUUUA